AGGCUGAACGGGGAACGGUGAGGCGCGCAGGUUCGGGGUUCGUCUCGUCUUCCCUUCUACCACGGUUCGUCCCGCAGUUCGUGGAGCGCGUUCGCGGGGUACGGGGUACUCGGAGUGUGAGCCAGAUAGAUGCGCGACGAGGAUGGGAUUGCCGUGCGGCGACAAUGAAUCGCGUCGCGAGUCGCGUUCGCGGCCGACCGCGUAGCUCAGGUGCGAUCGCAGAGCCGAAAGUAAGGUCGGCCGGCGUAAACGCGGCACCGAGGCGUCGCCGCCUCGUUCUCUGACGAACGUCGAUCCUUCACAAAGAGAAAGAGAGAGAGAGAGAGAGAGGGAGAGAGUGAGAGAGGGAAAGAAAAGAGAAAGAGAGGGAGUGAAAGAGGGAGCCCUCCUCUUGGCGGAGAAACGAGACGCAAGGAGGUCCCCGUCGCGCGAGCUGCUUUUUUUGGCGAGCGUCGCCGACAUGAGCCAGACGAGCCGUGGACGAGCGAGUCGCGUCACCAGUCGCACGAACUGCCCUGUCAGCUGAUCGUUUAUCGCACAACGAAAUGUGAGGUGUUACCUAUUUAUCUACCUGUCUAUUUACCUACCUAACGUCAAGCCAGAACGUCAUACUGCUUCCGCGCAUCGCAGCUCCGAUUCAUCCAGUCGUUUCUCCCCGCGUGCAAACUGAGACUGAGCGCGGACCGCGCGCGCCAAGUGCGACAGGCGGGAAGCACAGGGGCACCUGGCACCUGGCACCGGUUAGAAUUUACAUGGGAACAUGGGGAACAAAAAUAGCUGUUGCGUUUACUCCAGUCCACAAGUUGGACGCAAGGAGGUGGGGCCCGAGAGCACCACGCGCAACCUGGAGGAACACCUGCCAGAGGGUGGAAUUAGCGUUAAUAAUUUGCAACAUAUCAGUGAACGCGAGCCAGAAGACUGGGACUCUGAUCCGUCGUUGCACCCAUGUGCAGGAACUAUCUUCAUGGAGCGUUCCAAACAAGCUAUUGAAAAUGGUAUGGUGAGGAAGAAGAGUCAACAUCAAAUAGCAGAUACAAGGCCUUUGAAGAAGAGUAGCAGCUGCAGUACAAUAUAUUUAGAUGACAGCACGGUUUCACAACCUAACUUGAAAAAUACCGUCAAAUGCGUUGCCUUAGCCGUUUAUUACCAUAUUAAGAAUAGAACUUCGCAGCGACAGAUUGAUAUAUUUGAUGAGAAACUGCAUCCAUUAACGAGGGAUGGUGUUUCAGAGGAUUACGACAAACAUAAUCCAGAGCACAAGCAGAUAUAUAAAUUUAUAAGGACUCUGUUCAAUGCCGCUCAGCUUACUGCUGAAUGUGCCAUCAUAACGUUGGUUUAUCUUGAACGCCUACUUACUUAUGCAGAAAUAGACAUAACACCGGCCAACUGGAAACGUAUAGUACUGGGAGCUAUUUUAUUGGCGUCCAAAGUUUGGGACGAUCAGGCGGUGUGGAAUGUGGAUUACUGUCAAAUACUGAAAGACAUCACGGUGGAAGAUAUGAACGAAUUAGAGAGACAGUUUCUGGAGAUGCUGCAAUUUAACAUAAAUGUUCCUUCGAGUGUGUAUGCCAAAUAUUAUUUCGAUCUUCGUACACUCGCGGAAGCGAAUGAAUUAACAUUCCCUAGCGAACCACUUAGUAAAGAAAAGGCGCAGAAGCUGGAAGCUAUGUCCAGAGUUUACGAAGAUAAGGUCACAGCCGAGGCUCUACGUACCGGUAUUAAAAAGUGGUCCAGCUUAGACAAUGUGUGCAUAGGCGGACCUAGACGUAGCAUUGCUAUUUUAUCCUAAACAUAUGUAUGGAUAUAAACGGAUGUAAACACACGCAAGGUUACUGCUCCGAUUUUAAAUGGAGAUUCUACUGUCCGGGACCUUAUAAUGUGGAUAUGACAAAGCAUACGAGAAUGUGAGGCGUAUUGAAACAAAGGGUGAGAAAGAAAAAGUUUUUAGUCGUAGCAUUAUCUGUACUGUCCUUAUGGGAGAAAAUAACUUGUGAUAUAUAUUAGUCAACUAUUCAUUAUC